UUCUCUCUCCUUCUCUCUCUCUCUACGCUUCUCACCCACCAGAAGCGUAGCUCUACUUUUCUAGGGCGAGAGAGACACACCACAUCACACUCCACCCGCACCAAUCAGAUCUAUCUCCGGCGUUUCACCUUCCGUUCACUCUCCAAAACGGCGCCGUCAGGAUAGCGUUCAAUUGCCAUGGCUGCCACUGCAACUGCCUCUGCUGGUCCUCGAUAUGCUCCAGAAGACCCAACUCUCCCAAAACCAUGGAAAGGAUUGGUUGAUGGUAAAACUGGGUAUCUUUACUUUUGGAACCCCGAGACCAAUGUGACUCAAUAUGAUAGGCCUACAGGCACAGCUCCUCCAUCAAAGGCUUCUUCUGCACAGUAUAUAAGUUCUUCAGUUCAAGUUCAACAAUCUUCACAAGGACAACGUCGUGAUGAGGGAGAUGAUAGGUAUGGCAGGGGCAGCAACGGUGGAUCAAAAUUUGAGGCAGGACCGAGGAAUGUUCAGAGUGCAAGAAGUGCACCAGUUUCUUCUAGCAAUGGGCCAAGUGGGUCAGUUAGUGCACAUGGAGGAUCUGUUAUUAGAGGAAAUGGACCAUCAGACUCUGGAAGUGGUUUGUCUGCUGAGGCUUAUUGUCGCCGGCAUGAAAUAACUGUUAUUGGUGAUAAUGUGCCCCCACCGUUUACUUCCUUCGAAGCUACGGGCUUCCCAUCUGAGAUUCUUAGAGAGGUACAAAAUGCUGGUUUUUCUGCCCCGACUCCAAUUCAAGCUCAAUCAUGGCCGGUUGCUCUUCAAAGUAGAGACAUUGUGGCCAUUGCUAAAACGGGGUCAGGGAAGACCUUGGGGUACUUGCUUCCUGGAUUUAUGCAUCUUAAGCGCGCCCGUAAUAACUCUCAGAUGGGUCCAACUGUGUUGGUGUUAUCACCAACAAGGGAGCUGGCCACACAGAUUCAAGAUGAAGCAAUGAAGUUUGGAAAGUCUUCAAGAAUAGCUGUUGUGUGUUUGUAUGGAGGAGCGCCAAAGGGUCCACAAUUGAGAGAUAUUGACAGAGGAGCAGAUGUUGUGGUUGCCACUCCUGGCCGCUUGAAUGACAUUCUAGAAAUGAAGAGAAUCAGUCUCCAUCAAGUUUCUUACCUAGUGUUGGAUGAGGCUGAUCGUAUGCUGGACAUGGGUUUUGAACCUCAAAUAAGGAAGAUUGUGAAUGAGAUACCUGCUCGCCGCCAGACCUUAAUGUAUACAGCAACAUGGCCCAAGGAGGUUAGGAAGAUUGCAUCAGAUCUACUGGUCAACUCUGUUCAGGUGAACAUUGGCAAUGUUGAUGAACUUGUCGCGAAUAAGUCGAUCACACAGCAUGUUGAAGUACUGGCAUCCAUGGAGAAACACAGACGAUUGGAACAGAUAUUGCGAUCGCAAGAGCCAGGAUCCAAGAUAAUUAUAUUUUGCUCAACCAAAAAGAUGUGUGAUCAACUUUCUCGCAACUUAACCCGCCAGUUUGGAGCUGCUGCAAUUCAUGGUGACAAAUCUCAGACUGAGAGGGAUCAUGUCCUGGGUCAAUUUCGCACAGGGAGGACUCCAGUUCUUGUAGCGACUGAUGUUGCAGCUCGAGGAUUGGAUGUUAAGGACAUAAGGGUGGUUAUAAAUUACGACUUCCCUACUGGAGUAGAGGAUUAUGUUCACAGGAUUGGGAGAACUGGAAGGGCAGGUGCCACUGGGUUGGCUUACACAUUCUUUGGUGAUCAGGACGCAAAAUAUGCUGCAGAACUCAUUAAAGUUUUGGAAGGAGCAAACCAGCGUGUACCCCCAGAAAUUCGUGAGUUGGCUUCACGUGGUGGUGGGAUGAACAGAUUCAGACGUUGGGGCUCCGGGUCUGGAGGUCGUGAUGGUGGCCGAAGUGAUUCAAGCUAUGGUGGAAGAGAUGGUGGAAGGGGCGGUGGGUUUGGAUCUUCUUUCUCUACUGGCAGAUAUGACCGUGGUCCAAAUAAUAGUUAUGAUGACAAGGGGUCUGCUUGGAGCAACAAAGGUUUUACUCGGGAGCGCAGUCGUAGUCCUGAAAGGUUUAACAAAGCUCCACCAACAGCUGUUGGCUCCGGAGGUUGGAGUUUUCACAAAGCAAUGAUGGAACAACGGGGACGGUCAUCACCGCCUCCAAAUCGUGUUGAGAAGGGAGGAGUAGAUGGUUUCCGUCCUUCUUUCUAUGGACUGGAAGAAGCUGAGGAAGGCAUGAUACCACAAGAAGACUGAGGAUUUGGAUCAUCGUAUCACGUACCUAUAGUGCCUUCAUUUUUGUUUUGACAGUGUUGUAACUGGAAGUAGGUCAAAGCUUUACAAGAGCAACCAGGAUGUGGCAGUUUGACUCUCUUUGAUUUUUGAGGUCGGCUGAAAAGCUUGACAAAACUCCCUUUUAAGUUAUUGUAACUUGCUGGACCAAAUCUCUCUCCCUCCCUCUGUUUUUCCUCUCCUGGCCUCUAUUUUUGUGGGUAGAUAUGAAAGGGCAAAAAGAUGUAGGUACUGGUUAGCUUAUGUUUAAAUGUAAUGGCCUUAUAGUUCUAUGAAAUACAGUUUUAUAGUAAUCAUGAGCACAUUUAUCAUCGGA